GAAGCAGCCGUGGAGGUGAAAAGGACUAAACUCGCUUGACUUGGCAGGAUAUUGAACUUUCUUUUAUUUUUUAUUUUUUUUCUUCUCUCCUGGGUGCAAGACAGUCGUUACAACGAAGCCAGUCUUUGUGGCUGCUCAUCUUCUAGUGCCCCCGUAUGGACGAUGAGGAGGAUGAUGUUUUUGAGCCAGACCCCCACUGCUGGCGCACAACAUUCAGGGAGAUAAAGUGUGAAGACCGGGGCACACAGACUCCUGGUCCUGCCCUGCAACCAAACAACGGCAUGCUGCCCUGUGGAGUCGCAGAGGAGCCCAGACCACUCUUCUACGGUAACGCAGGUUUUCGAUUGCACUUCCCAGCACGCUUUGAGCUUAUUGGGGAUCACCAAGCGAGGCAACAACAAGGAAGUGAAAUGGAGCAAAACGGGAUGGAGCAGCUGCCCCGGCAGCAACCUGUGGCGCGCAGCGUGGAGGCUUGCAUUGGACAGAAACUCCAGCUGAUAGGAGACCAGUUUCACCGGGAACACCUACAACUGUAUCAUCGAAACCAAAGGAACCAGGGGCCGCUGUGGUGGCGCCUGGCCGCAGCCCUACUCAGCCUUCUGUUUGACAGGGGGUUCAUUGCUGGAGGAGGUGGUGCAGGACGGAGGUGAGGGGGAUCUCCCCCAUUGCGUCCCUUUUUCUUCAUCUCUGUAAGGAACUGGACUCCUAAUGGCACUGUCAAAUCUAACACGGGUCUGUUUGGGGGAGAAAAGAAAGGAGACACAAAGGUCACCGCGGGACGGAGACAACCAACUUUUAUACAAGGUCGUGUGUUUUUUCUUUCCAAGAAGAUGCCAUGAUGCGCCGAGAUUCCUCUAAAGGACAAUGUUCAUAUUUUGGCAUACAUGUGGUGUAGUAGUUUUGUACAGUACAUUGUUCUUGGUAAAGUUUUUGCACUUCAACAUGUAUCCCAUCUUUAAUGACCUCCACAGACCCUGGGAAUGCCUUAGGCAGGACUCACAUGUGUGCGUUUAGGCAUCAAUGAUCUUGCUUCUCAUUCACUUUGAAUGUGGCGGCGUCAUGCGUUGCCAAACUCACUCGUGGGUCCGUUGUUGUUCAAUCAAAUCAUGUUCAUCUUAUGACGAUCGCACCAGCAAAGACAUCAGGCACGCCCCCCUUGAAGCGUCGAUGCAGUGUGUAUGUGUGAGUCCUGCCUUAUUCAGUGUCUUCUGCCAGAAUGAGUAUUGAGCAAUUUUGACAGGCUUAGAUGAGACGGUUAGGAAGUGAAAGGAAAUGUGGUGUGACGUUUUCUUUUCUGAAGUUUCCCUGGCGACCAGUCAAGUUGAUUUACUAACUUCCAAAGAGGCAACUUCUCAGAACAAAGCAUUUUGCACCUCACCUUAAUGGAACAUUUAUCUUUUCUUGUUUUCUUUUAUUUUACUUCUUAUGUUUUGUUUCCUCAGCCCCCCAUUUUCUUUGGUAUGGUAUUAAGUUUGAUUAUGAUCCCUCAGUAUCGUUGAAAAUAUUGGGAACAAAGUAUCUGCGCAUGAAGAAGUUGGCACACUGUGAGAUAUUAUCUAAAUAUCUUUGAAAUAUGCACAGAGUGGAGAGUUUGAGGUAAACUUGUCUUUAGUCUUGUGCUACAUGUCAAACAUUUGAGACUCUUUGAUGACUGAAGAAGUAUCAGGAUGAAGUUUCCAGCGCUGAACAUUGCUGUCUGGUCAAACAAGUUUGAUGACUGCCGGUAAACCUGCCAAACAUCCAAAAGGAAGUUUAAACAAAUAAAAUAAAUCAAGCCAUGUGCAUUUGGCUGCAUGAACUAAUAAGACUAUGAAGCUGUAACAAACAAUCCAGAUAAUUAACAGUCGACUCAUGACUCUAUUGACAUGCUGACAUGAGUCAAUAUUGCAAAAUCGACACAAAAGUUUUAGUGUCACUCAUUUAUUUGAACAAAUCACUUCAGCGAACCUGAUUUUAGAAGGUUUGUUUGCCGUGAACCAGUUUGAACUCUUCAUUUCUAAUUCUGUUUUGGCCAUUUUGUUCUUUUAGUAACAGCAGUCAUUCAUUUGUGUGAUUGCUGUUCUAAUUAUUCAGGGGUGUUUGUUAUUGUGCAGCGCAGUGGUCAUCUGGUAACCAUGUGGGUGGCAGAUGAUGUCUGAGAUGUAGCACACUGAGUAGAUGUUUAUAAUAAUAUCACAGGGUGCUGACUUUUGCAUGCAUAUAGAAAACUAUUGAAGGUCUAGCACCAUGCACUAUUUUAGAACACAAGAGUAAAUCACAUUGAUGUACUGAGCAAAGUAAGGCACCUGCCCGACUGUCAAAAAAAGGAUAAAACUUAGCUUAGGCUAACAUUCUUAUUUCGAUUUUAAUUUCAGCAGAUGUUCAGUUUUUACUUCGGUCUUGUUCCCAAUUUCAUCCUCUAAUACACGACUUCCCUUUGUUUUUGGUGUGUUCUUUUCAUGUGAUUGUUUUCAGACCUCCAUGCCCUUGAAGUGGAGCUGUGGAUCCACUGUUUUUGCACUAGACUUACACCCUUCAAGAGUUCAGAUUGUUACCGCGCUAACCUCUGUCUUGUAUGAAGGUUUUUCAGUUGUAUCUGGUUUUCUUUGCCACCACAUUUCAGAUGUAUUCAUUCACAUGUCCAAGACAAAUAAUCAGUGUUGACACCUGACUGAACACAGUCUGGAAUCUGGAUUGGAUGUCGGUUCUUAAAAAUUUCACUCGCCAGUGUUUCAGUCUACGGUUAUGGAGUUAUGGAGUCAGCGUUAUUGUCCUGUGCCUCGACUGAAAGGUUUCCCGGUUUGCUUUUCACAGCCCCCGCGUGUUCUGAACACCAAACAAUAUGGCGUAACCAAUCUGUGAAACAGAAUCUCCUGCUCUCAGGCCACCUUUAUGGGGUUUUACAUCAUUUGAUAUUCUGUUGGGUGAUCUUAUAUUGUCUUUGGUGCACAGACAGAGAUUUGGGACCUUUGAGCACGUAUAACCACCACUGACUCAGCAGACAGACAGUCUCUGAAAUGAAACAUUAGUGAAAAAGACUGUAAUUAUUGUUGAAAUAUGAAUAUGUUUAAAGACACUGUUGAAGAUGCUGUUUGUUAUGUCUUUUCUGAUUGCUGAACCCAGGCCAACUUUUGGACCCAAGGAGCAGUACAUAUCAGGGGUCUGUAAUUACUUGCUCCUUACAAUGUGUCAAGUUUAUCACUGCAUAAUUAGGGUUUUCUCUCAUUAUCUCUCAAGAUGUCUCAGGGACGGACUUUGUGGGCUACUGGUAACCUUGAGAAUCUGUUACAUGGUUAGAAGAAGAGCAGUGUUGUCACCCAUUUAUUUAUGACGAGACCUCCUGAGGUCUUGUCAGCGUCUCCUAUUUUCGUUUCACUUGGAAAUUCCUCUCGGGCCAAUUUCUCAGCACACACACAUUAAAGGUACAGUUUGACCGAGGAGUCUGAGGCUGACUUGCUGGCUGUGGUGGUGACGGGAACUACUGAGUAUGUAGUGAUAGGCGUAUGAGGUGCACUGAAUGUGGUUGUGGUCAUAGUUUCCUGCGGAUCCUGAACGCUGAGCCAGUCCGUGUAGCACCCCGUCUCACCAUUGGCUCUUGACUCCCUCUUUGUGCUGCUCCUUCAUUUACAUGGUUAUUGUUCAUCGGUUCAUUUUCUUUGUAAUUUAUUUUUUCCUUUUUUUUUUUUCUUUAUUUAUUUUUGGUAUAUUUGCCCAUUUCUACUGUAUACACCUGUGUGUGCAAUUACUUCUUAAUUUCCUCUUUUUUUUUUUUUUUGUUUUUUUUGCUCUUGGACUUGUAUAUGCUUCCGUUUGUUUGAUUCUGUGCAGAGCAGGUUGGCCCUCAUUGACCCUGACAUUUCUUCUUGUGAUACUCAACCCAAAUUCUUUAAUCACCUUUUGUAGGUUUUAAAAGAACAACAGUUUAAAUUUAUGUGGGGGGAGUUUAUUUCAGUGACCAAUAGCUGCAGUUUCUUGUUGACUAUUGGACUGUAUUGCCACAACAUGAAUUCAUGACCACAGCUGCUAUUCUUCGUAGAGAAGAAAAGCACAAGCCGACUACACGGGUGUUUGAUACUCAAAAAAUAGAUUCUGGGUGGGGCGUUUCCCCCUAAAAGGUUGUGAUUUGCCAGGAAUGGGCCGAAACCGGUAACCUUUAUCAUUAACUUCCCCCACCCAAUUCACCAGUCAUCAUGAGUAGUUUUACAAUAUGCGGUUUAGAAAAGCAGCAGCCUCGACGUAGUUAAACCUUUCAACGGGAGUUUUCCCCAUCCCUUAUAAUUAAUGAGUCAUCACCCAUCCCAUCCUUCACUAAUGAUACACAUGACAUUGGAAAAGACUCAAACAGACAGAAGGAAGGUUGCCUUCAUAUUCCUCUCAAGUCACAGGGCGUUAGUUUUUGUGUUCUUUAAUCUUAAUCAUUGUGUUGUAAUCAAUAUGCACUGGAAAGUACUUUGUUUCUGUAAAUCCCAUAGGUCUCCUAUCUGUUGUGUGUUAAUGUAUAGUAUAUACUCUGGAUUGUUCUCUUGGGCUAAUCUUGCCAUGUGUCAGCCGUAUAUCUGUGCAUUGACCAAGUAGGCUCAGGUAUGUUGGCCUGUUUGAUUUAUUGGAAAGGGAAACAAGCCACCAUGGUGCCCUGUAUAAUUUUGUUAGAAUGAGGUUCCCAAACUGUGCUCAUCACAUUACAUGUGAGCGCAGAGAUAUCCCAAGAGUGGGACAUGUAUUUUAUGGAAACCGUCAGUGUCUUGAAUUUUGUAGUCCACUUUAUAUAAAUUUGAAGUUUUUUGUUUUUUUUGAGGAAGGUUUUGAUUUAGAUUUUUUUUUUUUAAACGAUAACAUUUCUUCUUCAUGGUCUUUCUUAACUUUUUAAAUUGUAUUUUCUUAAGAAAAAAAAAAGGGGGUCUGCUUUUAUAAGAACAGUUCAUGCUUGUAAAAUAAUUUUUAAUACCAGUAGGAUCCUUUUUGAAGUCCAUGAGAUCAAGAACAUUUUUUUUUUGUUGACGAAAAUGAACUUGCAACAUUCCUUGCACAUCUCACCAUGAUAUAUACACGAAAAUCAAGCAAACCAAAAUAGUUCAUGGUUGUGGUUAAUUUGGCUCACGAGCUUGUAGCUAUGAAAUAUUUACCCUUCUUUACAGGACAGAUACAGUGUACAUGUAUUUCUAAAAAACCCUGGAAUAUGCCUUUAACUGCUCAGUUUCAACGAAGUCUUGAUUAUCACACACUCUCUGUAUACCAAGAAAUGAGACCCAGCGAAAAUGUAGCAUUUUUGUAAACAUUGACUGUGUGUUUUCGAGACUCUACUGUGCACUCAUUUUUAUUUUUUUUGUGUUUAUAUAUAUUUUUUUGGUUCUUGAUAUAAUAUGGAAGUAAAGACAAUUUGUUAUGUAGUGCAAUAUGCUGUACAUAUGGAGCUUUGCUCUACAAAUCUUUUUUUUUCUGGAUUUCUUGUUGUUUAUUGGUACUUUUUUUCAAUAAAAUUUUAUUGAAGGUG